UGAACCCUUACUUGCCUCCAGUUUCCCGGCCACCGGCGACGACGAAACUCCGUUACUAUAUCUAAAAUCAUGCCUUUGAAGUUCCCUCUCCGAAUACGAUUCUUCACUCACUCUCUUCCGGGUACUCAUCUCUCUUAUAAUCCCUCUAGCUCCGUCCCUUUGCUCUUCCGGAUAUUUUCUUCUAGAUUGAAUCACUUUGAAUUCGGGUCUCGCAUCAACUUCUCGACCCGUCCGAACAGAGACCAACCCGAAUUUGAGCGGCGGAUUCGAGAUGGAGGAGAAAUUCGUGGGUCAAAGAGCUUGAUCGAAGACGAAGAAGAGCUCAGCAAUUGGGUAAGCGGUUUUAGAACCGGAUCGUCGCGUGGACGUCUCACGAGUGAAGAUGAAGAUGCGGGUCCAAACGUGGAGGAUCGUAGCAGAGGAAGAAUUCAAGAGAAGAGAGGAAUUCGCAACCAAGUUGAUUCCUUUAGGGAUAAGCGUUAUGGUGGAAGUAAAAAUAGAGAUAGAGAAGCGUCUUUUGAUGGGAGGAAAGAGACAAGUUUUAGGAGAGAUAGAGAUAGAGAAGACUACAAGGGUUUAAGGAAACGGGAAGAUCGUCGUCUUGCUGACGAAAGUAGUGAUGAGGAUGUGAAGAGUUUAGUAAUGGGAGGUAUUGGGGUUUUGCUUAGUGAAGAUGAUGAGGAAGAGGACCAAGAUUAUGAAUUUCUUAAGAAGAAAGCUGUUUCUGCUUUUGGGUUUGAUAAGGAGAAGGUUACAGAAGCGGAUAAGGCAAGGAAUGCAAAUGAUUCUUAUUUGACUAAGACAAGAUUUGAUCAGUAUCCAUUGUCUCCCUUAUCGCUAAAAGCUAUCAAGGAUGCUGGAUACGAGACAAUGACUGUUGUGCAGGAAGCUACUCUCCCUAUAAUUCUCAAAGGUAAAGAUGUCCUAGCUAAGGCCAAAACAGGAACUGGGAAAACUGUAGCGUUUUUGCUUCCAUCAAUUGAAGUAGUUGUCAAAUCUCCUCCUACAAGCCUGGAUAAUAAGCGACCCCCAAUUCUUGCGCUUGUGAUAUGCCCAACUAGAGAACUUGCCAAUCAAGCUGCUACAGAAGCAAACACCUUGCUAAAGUAUCAUCCAUCCAUUGGUGUUCAAGUUGUGAUUGGAGGCACUAGACUUGGUUUAGAGCAAAAGCGUAUGCAAACAAAUCCUUGCCAGAUUUUAGUGGCUACACCUGGAAGGCUCAAAGACCAUAUCGAGAACACGCCGGGCUUUGCAACAAGGUUAAAGGGUGUGAAAGUCCUUGUGCUUGAUGAAGCUGAUCAUCUUUUAGACAUGGGCUUUCGCAAGGACAUUGAGAGGAUAAUUUCCGCUGUUCCUAAGGAGAGACAAACUUUUCUAUUUUCUGCCACAGUACCUGAAGAGGUUCGCCAAAUAUGCCUUGUUGCUCUGAGGCGGGAUCACGAGUUUGUCAAUUGUGUUCACGAAGGCACUAUAGAGACACAUCAACAGGUCAGACAAAUGCACAUGAUUGCAUCACUGGACAGACAUUUCUCUCUUCUGUACACACUUCUUCGCGAACACAUUAUGGAUAACGUAGACUAUAAGGUCAUUGUCUUCUGUACAACUGCCAUGGUUACAAAAUUAGUUGCUGACCUACUUGGCGAGCUAAACUUAAACGUGAGAGAGAUCCAUUCUAGAAAACCGCAGAGUUACAGGACGAGGGUUUCUAAUGAGUUCCGAAAAUCCAAGGGUUUGAUUCUGGUAACAUCUGAUGUAUCUGCUCGAGGAGUCGAUUACCCUGAUGUGACCCUUGUUUUACAGGUGGGAUUGCCAAAAGACAGAGAACAAUAUAUACACAGACUUGGUAGAACGGGGAGAAAAGGAAAGGAAGGAGAAGGCCUAUUGUUGUUGGCACCAUGGGAGGAAUACUUUCUAUCAUCUCUCAAAGAUUUACCCAUCACUAAGUCUUCUCUGCCAUCAAUAGACCCAGAAACUGUAAAAAAGGUGCAAAAGGCGCUUUGCCAUGUCGAGAUGAGGAACAAGGAGGCGGCGUAUCAGGCUUGGUUGGGUUACUACAACUCACAGAAGAUGAUUGGAAGAGACAAAGACAGGCUUGUGGAGUUGGCAAACGAGUUUAGUCGUAGUAUGGGACUUGACAAUCCUCCAGCUAUACCAAAACUUAUUCUUGAUCUCUCUCGAUCGUGUCAAGUGUCUCUUUCGUUGCCCAAAACUCCGAUCAAAUUCCUCCGUCGUGUUUGCAUGGCGUAUGCUCCGAUUCUCCGCCGCGCCUCCGCCGCUAAGAACCUCUUCUCCUUAACUAGACUCGCCGUUGCCUCUUCUUCUAUCUCCACUAGGUCUCUAUCAACCGGAGCCUCCGGUGAUGACUCUCAAUCCAUGUCUGGGUAUCACGUGAGCUCCGGCGGAUUCAUGCGUGGAGCCGUGUAUCGCGAGCCCAAUAAGCCUCUAACCAUCGAAGAAUUUCAUAUUCCCCGUCCCAAAGCCAAUGAAAUUCUCAUCAAAACCAAAGCUUGUGGAGUUUGUCACUCUGAUCUUCAUGUGAUGAAAGGAGAGAUACCAUUCGCUAGUCCUUGUGUUAUUGGUCAUGAGAUCACUGGUGAAGUUGUUGAACACGGUCCACUUACUGAUCACAAGAUCAUAAAUAGAUUUCCAAUCGGGUCUCGUGUAGUUGGAGCUUUUAUUAUGCCUUGUGGAACCUGUUCUUAUUGUGCUAAGGGCCAUGAUGAUCUAUGUGAAGACUUCUUUGCUUACAAUAGAGCUAAGGGAACUCUUUACGAUGGCGAAACUCGUCUCUUUUUGCGACAUGAUGAUUCACCAGUGUAUAUGUACAGUAUGGGAGGUAUGGCUGAGUACUGUGUCACACCAGCUCACGGGUUAGCUCCUCUACCGGAUUCUUUGCCCUACACUGAAUCUGCGAUUCUAGGUUGUGCUGUUUUUACAGCAUAUGGUGCUAUGGCUCAUGCUGCUGAGAUCCGUCCUGGAGAUUCUAUUGCUGUUAUUGGAAUUGGUGGUGUUGGCUCCAGUUGUUUGCAGAUCGCGAGGGCUUUUGGAGCCUCGGAUAUAAUUGCUGUAGAUGUUCAGGAUGAUAAAUUGCAGAAGGCCAAGACACUUGGUGCUACCCAUAUUGUCAAUGCUGCUAAAGAAGAUGCUGUUGACAGGAUAAGAGAAAUAACCGGUGGGAUGGGUGUUGAUGUUGCUGUUGAAGCCUUGGGAAAGCCUCAAACUUUCAUGCAGUGCACACUAAGUGUGAAAGAUGGUGGAAAAGCUGUGAUGAUUGGACUUUCACAAGCUGGUUCCGUUGGAGAAAUUGACAUAAACCGACUUGUUCGUAGAAAGAUAAAAGUUAUAGGGUCAUAUGGAGGAAGAGCAAGACAGGAUCUUCCUAAAGUAGUGAAAUUGGCAGAGUCAGGGAUCUUCAAUCUGACAAACGCAGUCUCAAGUAAAUACAAGUUUGAAGAUGCAGGAAAAGCAUUUCAAGAUCUCAAUGAAGGCAAAAUCGUGAGCCGAGGUGUUGUUGAGAUACUAUAACCAUAGCCUUUUGAUUCUGGUUUGGGAAUGACUGCUUCAUACCUGUUUCACAGAGGUCUAUUUUUAGUUGCUACAAUCUUCAGACAAGGUCAUUGUUAAUCUGAUAUUUUUGAAGCUUAUUUGUUUUUGUUUCUAUGUGCAUAGCAAUGUCUUUUGAGUUAUGAGUCGUCCUUUUUGAACAUUGUUCUUGAGAAUCAAUAAAGAAGCAUGUAUGUG